AUGGAUAAUGUUCAAAGGUUGAAUGCUCAUGCUCAAGAUGGAAAUAUCGAAGGGUUGUGCGCAGUGAUUGGGGUAGAUCCACAUGUAUUGGAGGGCAUUGAUAAGAUCCCAUUUGUUGAAACUCCUCUUCACGUAGCUGCUUCUGCUGGGCAAGUCCAUUUCGCCAUUGAAAUUUUUAGCUUAAAGCCAUCGUUUGGUCGGAAGCUAAAUCCAAAUGGACUAAGCCCGUUGCACCUGGCUGUCCCCUCUGGCCUGGCUGAGCCAUUGACACGAGCACAACAAGCUGAAACUGCAAUACGGCUCAUAAACAUUGACAGGGAGCUCAUCAGAGUCCAAGGGAGGGGGAGGAUGACUCCAUUACAUUAUGCAGCUGAAAGAAAUAAAUUCGAUCUUCUGGCGGAAUUUCUGUGCGCUUGCCCAUUAUCUAUCGAGGAUUUGACUAUUCGAGGUGAAACUGCUUUGCAUGUUGCUGUGAGAAAUGGUAGUUUUACAACUUCUGAAGUCAUUUUGGGAUGGCAUCGAAAGAUCGAUGAACGAUUUAACUGGACAUAUAUACCUUACCAGUUUUUACUGCGAGAAACCUACAAAGGGGUGCUAAGAUGGAAGAACGAGGAUGGAGACACUGCAUUGCAUAUUGCAGCAUCCACUAACCAACCUAAGGUUUGA